GUCAUAAAUACGUAUUUCCUUGUCCGUGUAUACUCUGAUGUUUGUAAACCAGACAAUCAGUCUUAGUUGUUCAAUUGUCGUCAGGUUUCAUGUUAGUAAUAAGUUCAUCCAACGUUUGAAUGAUGCACUGUUGCCUGAUCCUCAUCUUUAUCUUAGAUGUUUUUGGACAGGGUUGGUGUCAAAACAAUACCACCAUUUACAGCAUCGCAGAACCACCCAACGUCUCAACAUCACCUGUCUUAACAACCGACGUCUCAACAUCACCUGUCUUAACAACUGACGUCUCAACAUCACCUGUCUUAACAACUGACAUCUCAACAUCACCUGUCUUAACAACUGACGUCUCAACAUUAGCUGUGUUAACAACCGACAUCUCAACAUCACCUGUCCUAACAACCGACGUCUCAACAUUACCUGUCUUAACAACCGAUGUCUCAACAUCACCUGUCUUAACAACUGACGUCUCAACAUUACCUGUGUUAACAACCGACAUCUCAACAUCACCUGUUUUAACAACCGAUGUCUCAACAUUACCUGUGUUAACAACCAACAUCUCAACAUCACCUGUCUUAACAACCGAUGUCUCAACAUCCCCUGUCCUAACAACCGAAGUCUCAACAUCACCUGUUUUAACAACCGAUGUCUCAACAUUACCUGUGUUAACAACCGACAUCUCAACAUCACCUGUCUUAACAACCGAUGUCUCAACAUCCCCUGUCCUAACAACCGACGUCUCAACAUCCCCUGUCCUAACAACCAAAGUUUCAACAUUACCUGUCUUAACAACCGACGUCGUAACAACCGACGUCCUAACAACCGACGUCGUAACAACCGACGUCCUAACAACCGACGUCCUAACAAUCGAUGUCCUAACAACCGACGUCCUAACAACAACCGACGUCCUAACAACCGAUGUCUCAACAUCCCAUGCCCUAACAACCAAAGUCUCAACAUCCCCUGUCCUAACAACCAAAGUCUCAAUAUCUCCUGUCCUAACAACCAAAGUCUCAACAUUACCUGUCUUAACCACUGACGUCGUAACAACCGACAUCCUAACAACCAACACCCUAACAACCAACGUCCUAACAACCAACGUCCUAACAACCGACGUCUCAACAUCCCCUGUCCUAACAACCGACGUCUCAACAUCCCCUGUCCUAACAACCGACGUCUCAACAUCCCCUGUCCUAACAACCGACGUCUCAACAUCCCCUGUCCUAACAACCAAAGUCUCAACAUCCCCUGUCCUAACAACCAAAGUCUCAACAUCCUCUGUCCUAACAACCAACGUCUCAACAUCCCCUGUCCUAACAACCAAAGUCUCAACAUCCCCUGUCCUAACAACCAAAGUCUCAACAUCCUCUGUCCUAACAACCAAGGUCUCAACAUUACCUGUCUUAACAACCAACGUCUCAACAUUACCUGUAAUAACAACCGAUGUCUCAACAUUACCUGUCUUAACCACCAUCUCAACCCUGGUGUGCGAAAAUGGAAACCUUGUAGCUGGGUUUUGCCUCUGUGAAGAUGAUUGGAGUGGAACUUACUGCAACAUUUCAAAUUUCUGCCCUGAGCAAAGACCCACAGCAACAUCCGGAUUUACCUUUCCAAAAACUGUCCUAGGCCGGUUUGCCUCAUCUAAAGAGCUAUGUGAAAGCGGACCAAAUGCUGGGAUUCCCAAAGCCUCAGCCCUCUGUAACAUAACAACCGGUGUGUUUAAUGCUCCAAACAUUCUGAAUUGUACUUUAACCUUGGACGACAUUGAUGCAGGGAUUUCUGGGGUUCCUGUGGAAGAAAAGAAAUCUUUGGCUUCCAGUACUCAGAUCCUUACAUCCAGACCAGAACGUCUGACACCCCAUAACAUCACAAAAGCAGUGAAUAUAGCCAACAUGCUGCUCUCCACUGAAACCAAUGGAUCAAUGGAUAUUGCUGUGUCUACAGUAGCCACGGUCAGUCAGCUCCUGAAUGCCAGUCAAGGGAAAUUCUCUGAUGUCGAUCAUGAUGCUCUUUCAAAACUAACACAGACUCUGCAGAAUUUCUCACUGCUCAAUGAAUCAAUUAAAUUCCUGGUACAGCCGAAUUUAGCAGUGCAGUCCUUUAAGGGGAAACCUGGGACUCAACAUGUGCAGUUAACCUUAUUUAAUGCAACAGGCAAUGAUACCUUUAUACCUGGCAGAAUAAAACUGGAUUCAAAUACGAAGCCUUUUCCAGAAGAGAUAGUUGACCUACAGAUGAAUAUUACAUUCAGUAAAGGACUGAACAAAGGCGUUGGGUUUGUUCUCUAUAAUAGCGACCAUUUCUUUCCGUCAAAAAGCUUUAAGCCUUCUCUGAAUACCAAGAGAAGAGUUUUAUCUGCUAACCUGUUCGAAAAUGGAUCAGACGCCAUGGAAGUCCAGUUUUCAGUCACACCAUCGAAUGAUUCCACGAUGUCCCUCGACGACUUUGCAUGCGUGUUUUGGAGUUACAGCGAAAACGACUGGAGUACAAAAGGCUGCACAAAAAAGAGUUUCUCGGGUCACGCACAGUGCAGCUGUACAUCUGAUCGACGUGAAAAUAAUUUCAACUUAAAUAAGAACUUUGCAGUCCUGAUGUCUUUCAAUAUAAACUAUCAGUAUUCAGAAGCAUUAAACUGGAUCAGCAUUACCGGCUGUACUCUUUCUAUAUUGGGUCUUGCUGUCACAGCAGUUUACCAAAUUGCAACCAGGAAGUCAAGGGGAUGCAGCCCGACUCUGCUUUUGGUGAACAUCUGCUUGAGCAUGAUGAUUUUCUACCUUCUCUUCAUCUUUGGCAUUAACAACCCUGUCCAUCAUGCAGAAGUGGCUAAUGUUUCAGCAGAAAAUCUUGUUCCUGUGUCAGAUUAUCAUCAAUAUUCUGACGAGGGUCCUUGUACGGCACUUACAGCCUUGAUUCAUUUCUUCUUGUUAGCCACAUUCACUUGGAAUACUCUGUAUGGAAUUAAUGUGUUCCUCCUCUUCAAAACCACAAUGUCUGGAACACCUCCAUGGUUUCCCAAGGUGUCCCUAGCAGUCGGCUGGGGGUUUCCUGCCAUCAUUGUUGGUAUCUCACUGGGUUCCACUUACAGAGUCGAAGAUCCUUUAGGUUAUCGACAAGAAGAGUUUUGCUGGCUGGCUUUCUUGGACCCCAAACAGAAUUUCGAUAUGAGGAAGCCAAUGUUCUGGGGAUUUCUGCUUCCUUUGGUUAUCAUGCUGAUCUCCAACAUGGCAACAUUGGUGUAUUUCGCUCAGAACAUCUGCAAGACCAACCCUAAUUUAAACCGUUCGCAUCAAAGUCCUCUAAAGAAGAAGAUUCUGAGUAGUUUUUCUCUGGCUGUGAUGCUUGGUCUAUCGUGGGUCACUGGUUACAUGUUGCUUAUCACCCAUGAACCAACUCUUCACCUCAUCCUGAGCAUAGUUUUUUGUGUCUGCAACACAACACAGGGCAUACAAAUAUUUAUUUUAUUCACUCUGAGAUCCGUAAUAAAAUCAAAUCCAGGCAUUCUCAAAGCUAUGAAUGCACCCAAAAUUGCCAUUCACAGGAAAGGGUUCUUCCUAUGGAAAUUUAACACAGAAGAAAGCAAUGAAAUCUACAGACCCACUGAUCCUGACUCCGCUGAGAUGUCAUCGCUGAGCUGAAGUAGAUCAUUGGAGGCUGUGGCUGUGCUGAUCACAUCAAUAUAAAGGCACAACAUGAAGUGAAUCUCAUGUUAAAUGGAUGCUGAGAAAGGAGGAUGCCAACUUGAAUUAUGGUGGAUGCAUGUGUGAUGGGUGUCAUUAUUUUAGAAAUGAAUUUUGUAUGCAACUCAGUUUUAUAUAACAGGCAUUUUAGAUGCGUGUCGAUUUCUUAAAAUUAUUCAAAUUUGAUGUUUUAAUUGCAUUCAAUCUUUUUUACAGGCAACAAUUUUCAAAGUUAAAGUUGAACA